GGUAUUCAUCAAUCGUGGCGUGUGGGAGCCCAGUCGAACCGGCCACCUCUCCCCCCCUCCAAUUUUUCCGGCGGCCGCCACCGCCGCCGACGAUCCCUCUCUCCGCCCACUGCCAACUACAUCGCUGAUUCCGGAGCAGCGGAGGCGGCGGCGGACGAAGCCAUGAGUGCCGCCGGCGUGGCGCUGAACCGCCGCACCCGCAGCCGCCCGCCGUCGGUGGCCUCCUCCCAGAAGUCCGAUGAUCCCGCCGCCGCGGUCGCCGCUAUCUCCACCGCCGAAGCCACGCCCUCCCCCAGCCACGCCGCAGGGGAGAGGACGGUGAAGAAGCUGCGGCUGACGAAGGCGGUGACGAUCCCGGAGGGGACGACGGUGGCGGAGGCUUGCCAGCGGAUGGCGGCGAGGAGGGUGGACGCCGUGCUGCUCACGGACGCCAACGGAUUACUCUCCGGCAUCGUCACCGAUAAAGACAUAGCUAAAAGGGUGAUUGCAGAGGGGUUGCGGGUUGAGCAAACAAUCACCUCCAAGAUCAUGACACGAACUCCUGUUUAUGUCAUGUCUGACACACUUGCUAUUGAAGCACUGCAGAAAAUGGUCCAAGGAAAAUUUAGGCACCUCCCAGUGGUGGAAAAUGGUGAGGUUAUUGCCAUGCUAGACAUUGCAAAAUGCCUCUAUGAUGCAAUAUCAAGACUGGAAAAGGCAGCAGAACAGGGAAGUGCAUUAGCAGCUGCUGUAGAAGGGGUUGAGCGUCAAGUGGGAGACAACUUGCCAGAUCAUUCCAGUGUAAUAGAAACUCUAAGAGAAAGGAUGCUUAAACCUUCAUUGUCAACCAUUAUCUCGGAGAACACAAAAGUAGCAAUUGUUUCACCAUGGGAUCCUGUUUGUGUAGCAGCACGAAAAAUGCAUGAAUUACGGGUUAACUCAGUGGUUAUCACUGCAGGAAAUUCAUUGCAAGGGAUUUUUACCUCAAAGGAUGUGCUUAUGCGCGUUGUGACACAAAAUCUCUCUCCUGAGUUAACUCAUGUAGAAAAGGUAAUGACUGCACACCCUGAAUGUGCUACAUUAGACACAUCAAUUCUCGAUGCUCUGCAUAUUAUGCGCGAUGGCAAAUUCUUGCAUAUUCCUGUUGUUGAUGGAGAAGGGAGAGUUGUUGCUUGCUUGGAUGUUCUGCAGAUUACCCAUGCAGCCAUUUCAAUGGUUGAAGGAGGUCCUGAGACCACGAAUGGUGUGGCAAACACAAUAAUGCAAAAGUUUUGGGACUCAGCUCUUGCUUUGGAGCCCCCAGAUGAGGAAUUUGAUAGUCGCAGUGAAAUAUCUUUGCUCAUGCCAUCAGAGGCUGGAGAUGGCAGGAGUAGCAUUAAUCCUCCUGUUGUUGGCAAUUCAUUUGUCUUUAAGAUUGAGGACCAGAAGGGACGUAUGCAUAGAUUUGCAUGUGGUUCAGAGAGUUUACAUGAGCUGGUGUCUUCUGUGGUGCAAAGAUUAGGCAUUGAUGGCGAAAAGGGCACAGUUCAACUUUUGUAUGAUGAUGAUGAAGGUGAUAGGGUGUUGCUCACUACGGAUACUGAUCUUACCGGGGCUGUGCUCCAUGCUAAAUCUUCUGGAUUGAAGUCAUUGAGGUUGUACACUGAUGAGUCAAAUUCCAGUUCUGAGGUGACAAAACACAGUUCUGAAGUAACAAAGCACGCUUCUGAAGUGACAAAGCACACUUCUGAAGUGACAAAGCAACCUCCAGAGUUGACAUCUUCACACACAAGUCAGUUGACCCCUGCUCAUUAUGGCCUGAUGGCAGGUGCAGUUGUUCUAACAGGGGUUGUGGUGAUGAUUUACUUGAGACGCUCUAAAGUGUGAUUGUCUGAGAUAAAUUUUCCACACAUGGCUCUAAUUUAAAAUAUAAACAGCACGAUUGAACUUCUUAGCUUAUCAACAGAUUAAGAGUGAAGAGACAGAUGGACAUCGACGAUAAAGUACGGCGUACAUGGAGUCAAGGACCUAAAAGCAAUCAACUGACAGUCUCAGGUUUUCUCAGGAACUGAGGAACUGGGCUGGAAGUGGAACUAACAAAAUAUGGUAUUGCUCCAUUUUUGUUUUUGCAUGCAGAUUUUUCACAGAUGUAGUGAAAUGCAUGUUAUGCAUAAUUGCUAUAUGAAAUUAUGAAUUACUGGUCACCACGAAUCUAGUGGAUUCUUCCCUGACAGAACCCAAGAAGGCAAGAAAUGAUAUGAAGAAUACAACAAUGUAUGAUCAUUCUUUACUAAUGUGAGAAAGAAUUAAUAUAUGCAGUAUAAUCAUUCUUUAUUAAUGUGAGAAAGAAUUAAUGUCCUUUU